CUAGCCAUAUCAACCAGGGUUUUUUGUUUAUUGCAAAUUGCAAAAAUCCGCAAUCGGGAGAUAGUACGACAAAAAAUACUUCUUAAAUCUAGCGACAUGCAUUAGAUCUCCAAGGUGGAAAUUAAUUGGAUUUGAGGAUAGAAACAAUGCUGCCGCCGAAGGAAAAUGUUGAUCUGGAGUGCUUUAUGGUCACAAAGCACUCGUGGAAGGGGAAGUACAAGCGGAUCCUGUCGAUCGGAACAGCCGGCAUUUCCACCUACAACCCGGACAAGUUUGACCUGACGAAUCGGUGGACCUACUCGGAUAUUGUUGCAGCAGCACCAUCAAAAACCUCAAAUAUUCCAAAUGAGUUUGUGCUAACCAUAAAGAAGGAUAAGAAGCUGGACACCAUUAAGUUAUCCUCGGAGUACCGCAACGACAUACUCACUUCGAUAUUAAAAUACUACAAAGAGUUUGCCGACAAACCCAAACAUGCUCAACGUUUCAGUGCGUACAAGUACCACUGGUCGGGUAUCAGCCUCCCCACAGUACUGGAGGUUACGCCGUGCUCCCUGGACCAGCUCGACCCCACCACGAACGACGUGCUGGCCAGCUAUAUGUACAAGGACAUCGAGGGAAUAAUAGCAGGCAUAUCGGAUUAUGAGGGCGGCAUCGUAAUGGCCUAUGGCGGAUUCAGUCGCUUGCAUCUGUUCAAAGCCCUAAACCACCAUGAGAUCGUCCAGAAUAUAGCCCAGAAAUCGUCCCAGUUUUUGGGCAUCGAGACGAAGAUACUCAAAAGCCAGAUAACCCUGGAGCAGUUCGAAAGGCAGAGGUUUGGCAAGUUCAGUGGCGAUCAAUUCCAGACUUCCAUGACCGAGUUUACGGUCCAGAAGCUAACGCCCCGCCAUCCAGACCCUGUGAAACGCACCCUUUGCCUUACGGAGGCGACUCUUCUUGAACGAGAUCCGCAAACGUACAGCAUCUGCACCCUGCGCCCACUUGCUGAUGUUUUUGCCUUGGUCCGCGACAAAGACAACCUGCAGCGCUUCAGCAUCGAGUACAAGAACGGCAUUGUGCGCAGCUACAGCACAAAUGACCGUGACUCGCUGCUAGCAACUGUGCUCGAUGCAGUGCGUUCUAGCGGCAAUCAGGACGUACAUAUCCGCAUUGGAAACACGCCAAGAGGCAAGCGAUAUGUCCCGCUUAGUAGUUCCGUGGACGAGGAGACAGAAGCGACUCUAUUGCGCCUGGUAAUCAAUAACUUCCAGAAUCCCUCCAAGCGCUACGAGAUUCUGGAGCGCUUUAACGCCAAUGUGCCGCACAGUGGCCUUAACUACAGUGUUACUCAAGAUAGUUUAUUUGCGGAAAACAAAGAGAAACUUAUUCUGAGCGCUCUUCAGGCUUUGGCUCAAAAAGAGCUGGACAGUCCCACAGCGCAGCUGACCAACAUGGAAUUGGAGGCCAUAUUCCAUGCUCUUACCCGCCUACUGGCCAGCAAGGUGGGCUACGCAGCCUUUACCAAUCUCCCGGGUUUUCGAGAGAUCAUCGGUACCAAGGUUGUGGCUGCUCUCCGGCGCAAAGAUCUGGCUGUAACUUACUCUGCCAUCGACAUGAUCAAUUCCCUGAUGCAUUCAGUGAACUCAGAUCAUGACCUGAAGCAAGAGCAGUUGAACAAGUCAUCCAUUUUGUCGUCUAAAUCGUUUCUGGAAACUUUGCUGAAUAUGUGGACAGCCCAUGUGAGUCACGGUAGUGGUGCCCUUGUGCUGUCGGCUAUGCUGGACUUCAUGACCUUUGCGUUGUGUGUGCCUUACAGCGAGACCACCGACGGCAAGCAGUUCGACAUUUUGCUGGAGCUGGUCGCCGAUCGGGGUCGAUAUCUGUACAAACUAUUCCAACACCCCUCUCUGGCUAUUGUCAAGGGAGCUGGCCUCGUUUUGAGAGCCAUCAUUGAGGAGGGGGAGUUGCAUGUGGCCCAGCAGAUGCAAGCUUUGGCUCUGGACGAGGCGGCUCUUUGUCGGCACUUGCUAGUAGCUUUGUAUACACCGUCAAAUGAUCCCACCCUGACCACACAUCGACAGCUGUCUCGUCAUCUGAUCGGAUUGUGGUUAACGGACAGCGAGGAGGCCAUGGAGCUGUUCAAGCGCAUUUUUCCCGCUGGUCUUUUAACCUUCCUGGAAUCGGAGGAAUCCGUUCCCGAAUCGGAUGUGGAAGAAGACAAGCUAAACUUUCGUGACAAUCUCAAGUUUGCAAUUCAACAUUCCAAUAGAACGCGCAAAAAUGUGAUAGAGAAGCAUUUGGCAGGCAUCAAGCAUUGGGGCAUGAGCCUGAUCGAGCAGCAGGACGAAGCGGCACAGGCUCUGAAAAACCGUCCAGUGGUUCUCCGCAACCGCCGCCAGAAGAAAAAGACAUCCGAUGUGAUUGUGAAUCUGCCUUACUUCUUCUACAGCUUUGCCAAAGACCACAGCCUGCCUAACCUAAUCUGGAAUCAUAAGACUCGGGAGGAGCUGCGUAUGUGUUUGGAGAACGAGUUACGACAGUUCCUCAAUGACCGCGACCUGGCCGGUCAGAUGAUUGUGGCCUGGAACUAUCAAGAGUUUGAAGUAGCCUACCAAUGCCUCGCGGAUGAAAUAAAAAUUGGAGACUACUAUAUCCGCCUGAUUUUGGAGAAGGAUGACUGGCCCCAGAACUUGGUGAAGGAUCCGGUUGAGCUAUUUAAUGCCUUGUACCGAAGAGUCUUGUGCCGGCAACGUGUGAACGAUGACCAAAUGACCGUGUUCUCGCUUCAAGCCUUGGCCAAAGUGUACAAGCGCUACCACAAGGAGAUUGGCAAGUUUAGCGACAUGUCCUACAUACUCCAGCUCAGCGAUAGGUGCCUCUCGCCUUCCAUGCGCGACGCCCUAAUCAACCUGAUAUCGUGCCUGGUUCUGGAGAAAUCCAACUGUCGAGCCCUUAUCGAUCAUGUCCAGUGCCUGGUGGAUCUAAUAACAUUAGCACACUUGCAUAAAGGGCGCGCCCAGUUGAAUACCAAAACCAAUGUCAUCGAAGCCGGCCCGAACAUGGCUGCCUACGAGGAGAAGGACUGGUACUACAACAUCGAAAAGGAUGGGCAGAAGCCGGAGCGGCAGGGACCCAUAACCUAUUCCGAGCUGAAGGAGCUCUGGCAAAAGGGACUGAUCACGCCGAAGACUCGAUGCUGGGCUAUCGGCAUGGAUGGCUGGCGGUCGCUGCAGCAAAUCCCUCAGCUAAAAUGGUGCCUUAUUGCCAAGGGGACCCCUCUCUACGACGAGACGGAGCUCUCCUCCAAAAUUCUGGAUAUUUUGAUCAAGUGCACGAGCUUCUUCCCAAGCCGCACGCAGAACGGAGUGGCGGUACUGAUACCCGGACCAAAGUUGUCGCGAAAACUAUCGGAGUUCAUCUGCCUGCCGCAUGUGGUGCAAGUGUGUCUCACCCACGAUCCAGGCUUGCUGGAACGCGUAGCUACAUUGCUCUGCCAAAUCAUGGAGGACAAUCCUGAGAUGCCCAAGGUCUAUCUGACGGGCGUCUUCUACUUUAUGCUUAUGUACACGGGCAGUAACAUCCUGCCCAUUACCCGCUUCUUGAAGAUGACGCACAUGAAGCAGGGCUUCCGCAGUGAAGAGACGUCCCAAUCCGGCAUUAUGCACAGAAGUAUUCUGGGUCAACUCCUGCCCGAGGCCAUGGUUUGUUUCCUGGAGAACUACAGCGCCGAAAAGUUUGCGGAAAUCUUCUUGGGCGAAUUCGACACGCCCGAGGUGAUCUGGAGUUCAGAGAUGCGUCGCCUGCUCAUCGAAAAGAUCGCAGCCCAUAUAGCUGAUUUCACGCCGCGACUCCGGGGGCAUACAAUGGCCAGAUACCCAUACCUGGCCAUCCCAGUGAUCAGCUAUCCACAGCUGGAAAACGAGCUCUUCUGCCACAUCUACUAUCUACGCCACCUGUGUGACACACAGAAGUUUCCCAACUGGCCAAUUUCGGAUCCCGUUCAGCUGCUGAAGCACACAUUAGACGCAUGGCGGAAGGAAGUUGAGAAGAAGCCACCGCAGAUGACCAUCCAGCAGGCUUACCAGGACCUCGGCAUCGACCUGACAAAGACGCCCAAGCCAGACGAGUCCAUGAUCCGAAAGAGCUACUACAAGCUGGCGCAGAUGUAUCAUCCAGACAAAAAUCCCAACGGCCGCGAAAUAUUCGAAAAGGUCAAUCAGGCCUACGAGUUUCUGUGCUCAAGAAAUGUGUGGAGCUCGGGUGGACCAGAUCCCAAUAACAUUGUGCUCAUACUUCGCACCCAGAGCAUUCUCUUUGAGCGAUAUCCCGAUGUUUUGCGGCCUUACAAGUACGCGGGAUAUCCGCAGCUCAUCAAAACCAUCCGCCUGGAGACGCGCGACGACGAGCUUUUCUCCAAGGAGGCCCAGCUCCUGACCGCUGCUUCAGAGCUGUGUUACCACACGGUUCAUUGCUCUGCCCUCAACGCCGAAGAGCUGCGCCGCGAGGAAGGCAUUGAGGCGCUCCUGGAGGCCUACACUCGGUGUGUUUCCAUUUUGGGAGUGGACUCUAAGCCAGACUCACUGCACUACCAGGUCAUUUCGAAUGUGACGCGGUGCUUUGAGGUGGCCUGCAACUUCGAGAAGUGCAAGCAGAAAAUCAUUACGUUGCCGCAGCUUUUGUCCGACGUGUGCCGAGUGGUCUACUUUAAGCACACCCUGUCGGUGAGUCUGGUGACCAGUCUGGCGGCCAACAAUUAUGAUCUGCAGUGCGAUCUCUCGCGCAAUGGAGUGCUCUGGUCGCUGCUGCUAUUCAUUUUCGAGUACGACUACACCUUGGACGAAAGCGGAGUGGAGGUCAGCGACAAGUCCAACCAGCAGCAAUUGGCCAACAACCUGGCCAAGAUGGCUGUUCUCGGGUGCAUAGCUUUGGCGGGCUACAACAUGGAGCUGCGCCAGAAACCAGUCACGGGCAGUGAGGCUAAUUCCCCGGUGGCUAAGCCGCUACCGGCCAUCAAACCCAAGCCAGUCCAGACAAACACGGCCUACACCCAGAACGCCCAUAAUCCGCUGCAAAGCAAGCAGUUGGCCAUCACCAGUGGCAAGGAGAAGGAGCCGGAAAGUUCGUCUGGAAGCAGUGAUACCUCGAGCUCCACUCCCACGGAAAGUGAGCAGCAGCAGCAGCCCAGUGCCAUCCAGCAGAAGUACAUUGUGACGGGUGAGGCGAAGAAUACGCUGAUAAAGCAGGUCCUGGACCGGCUGCUCACCCGCCACAUUGCCAACCAGCUGGCCACGGCGCGGGACAGCGACGUACUGAAGUUGCUUACGGCAAACACACGAAAUCCCUACCUCAUUUGGGACAAUGGAACCCGGGCCCAGCUCAAGGACUUCCUCGAGCAGCAACGCACGGUCUCGGCGAAGGAGACGCACGAGGACAUUGCCCAAGUCGCGGAGCUGGUCUCUACAUUUGAGUUCGAUGCUCACAAGGAUGAACUUCAAAUAGGAGGCAUCUUCAUACGCAUCUACAACGACAUGCCAACGCAUCCGAUUGCCCAGCCCAAGCUCUUUAUCAUGGAUCUGCUGGAGUACUUAAAGCACGCCUAUCAGUUUCUGAAUUUUAAGAAAAACCCUGCACCACCUGUUGCACCCAAAAUGGGCACCGAUGGCAUAUUAACCCCCACACUGGCACCCAAUCAUCCCCAGCUACAGCAGGCGACGGCGGGCGGCAAACCUGGCAGCACUUUUGACGAAGUACUAAGCGCGUACAACCGCUCCAAGAGCCGGAAGAAGAUGGAGACGGAUGCCCUGGCGGAGCAGCAACAGGCCCUGCAACAAAGCAAGUACGACUUUGCCAGCGAUGGAAAGCUGGAACUGCAUAUCACAAUGGUGCUCAGGGCGCUGAUCGCGGUGAUCAAGUCCAACGCAGAGGUGGAGAUCCAGUGCAUCGGGAACUUUGACAUGAUCUUUGGUUUUCUGGCCAACAACAUAUUUCCAGACAGCUCCACGGUCAAGGCUGUUGCCUUGGAAGUCGUUGCUCUUGUCUCUCGCAACAAAGAAUGCGUCUCUGAGGUGGCUGCCUGCGAAAUUUUGGGCAACUAUCUGGUGGCUCUUAAAGACCCAGAGCUCCGUGCCAGCCAGGUAAAGGUCCUGGAGACGCUGUCAGGACUCAUGAAUGUUCAGGAGAUGAUCAAGGAAGCCCAGACCAAGGGCGCGGUUAUCUAUCUGCUUGACAUGUUCUGCAAUUCGAGAAACCCGCAGAUUCGAGAAAUGUGUGCCGAAAUCCUGGCCAAGAUGACGGCAGAUCGUCUGAGCGGUCCCAAGGUUCGCAUUACCAUAUCAAAGUUCCUGCCAACGCUGUUCAUCGACGCCAUGGUGGAGUCCCCAGCCACGUCCAUACAGCUUUUUGAGUCCAUCCAUGAGCACCCGGAGCUGAUAUGGAACGAUUCUACUCGAUCCACUGUUUGCGAUGCCGUGGCUGAAGCUUGCGAGAGAUUCUAUCAACACCAGAAGUCCAACUCCCGGCAUGUCUGGAAGGAUCCCGAAAUACUUAAAGACAUUGUGGCCAACGAAAUCGUCGUGGCCGGUGUAUACCUCCGCUUGUUUGUCAGCAAUCCCGCCUGGACCUUGCGCAAGCCCAAGCAGUUCCUCUCCGACCUCCUGGACUUUGUCGUCGAACAGAUCGGCAAAAGCUCUUCCGACCAGGACGUUUUGGAUCUCUCAACCACAGCCCUGGUAGAGUUGCUUCGCUCACAGCCCAACCUGGCGGACGAUAUCCCAGUCCUGGGCCACAUACCGAAGUUGUUCAACCUGCUUUCGGUGCAGCCAAAGAACACGCUAUCAGUAUUACACCAGCUCUCGAUUUCUGAGUUUUGUGUGAGUGCCAUUUCGCAGACGGAGUGCGUCGCUCCGCUCAAGAAAUGCAUGGAGCACAACAGAGACUGCAUUGAAAAAGCCUGCGAAACGCUGAGUCGCCUCUUCAAGCAUCAGCACGACUCGUUAAUCAGUCAAUCUCUGGAGAUGGGUCUAAUACCGUUUCUGCUUGGUCUCUUGGACAGUCGCCUCGAGUUCGUGGAUAAUGCAUCGGCGGUUAAGGCACAAAUAGUGGCCGCGCUCAAGGGCAUGACGCACAAUCUCAACUACGGCGACCGGGUCACGCAAAUCCUGCUGAAGCAUCCAGUGUGGGCCGAGUUCAAGGAUCAGCGCCACGAUCUGUUCAUUACUGAUACAAAUAUACGUGGCUAUCUAACCGGAGUUAAUCCCACGGCUGGGUAUCUGACGGCGGGACCCGCACAAAGUGUGGAAGUGCUCACCUCGCCACCGCCCAUCGAUCGUGACGAUCCUUCGGCCCGUUCACCCAUCGACUAGCGAAUUAUCCCCUGCCAGACCAAAGCCAAGGCUAAGGUUGGCCUUUGAGUUGAAGCCUUCGAUUGCCACGGAAUCUGAAAUCUGAACCAUUCACGGGUUUCCCCAAUUACUGUAUUAAACUUUUGCAAAUUUCUUACACACGUAGCGUGAAAGUGGGCGGCGAUCAUAUUAUUAAACUGUAACAAAGUUUCAUUUUUUAUAUUUAUAAAGAGAAUUUUGUAAAAAUAAUUAGUUAAUAGCUUAUACACAGAACAUAAACCAACCUAACUAGAGCAUGCAUAAAGUGAUUAUACAUAUUAUGGAAUAAAGCCGAUUCAUUACAAAUGAAA